AUGGAAAACAAUAACUCCACUCUCCGCAGCACGUUUACACUUGGUGACUGCGGGGCAGCCAUCGGGCGUCAGUGCAGCAGAUUAUGGGGAUCAAAUCAAAACGACAGAGAUAAUCUAGAAGCAUACAUUCCGGGACAAACUGAGCCAGGCCCUUCUAGUAGAGAUUCAAAUAGGCGUAGAUCCCACCCUACUUCUACAUCUUGCUCUGGUUCUCGCGGUCCUGGUAGUUGCCAUCCGAAUACUCCUAUCUCUUCUCAAGCUCAGAUUUAUCAUCGCUCAUACCCAGACAGACAGACUGGACUUGAAAAUGGGACAGCUCGUUAUUCCACGCAAUUAACCCGUUUCCAACAGAAUACACAACCAUCAAUGCGACCACCAAUGCAAUAUCCCAUACCAUCACCGAGGACUUUUCACACCAGUGCGGAUUCUCGGAACAUAGCUACAGCUGGUAGAUCCAGUCGUCUCAGCAGCUCAUCCAGUCAAAUACCCAGUGGGCCAAGCUCUUCUAGAUUCCGUGAGUCAACUAGAGAGAGUUAUAGUCGUGGCACGCGGAGAAUACGAGCUGGAUCGGGUUCUACGAUUCUACGGCCGAAUGGCUAUGCGUAUGUUUCUGCUGAUAUGCCUACAAGACGUGAAGCUACCGCAGGUGUAGCGAGCCAUCAGCUAGAUGAUUCCCGUUAUGGGAAGGAACAUUGCGGAGCACGCCAGGAGAUUCACGGCGCAGAGGUCGGCGCCGUGGGGAGGGUAGGGGAGAAACUGUAG